AUGGCCGUCUAUGAUCAUUCCAAAGUUUCUAUUUUCUAUUAUUUACUCUGGGAACGCGCCAAAAACAUUCAAAUUACAUGGACUGCUAACUUAAAAGUUAUUGAAAAAGCAAGAAAUAUUCCAAAGUCAAUCACCAGCUUUGCGAGAGACCUAAUUGAAUUCAAUGAUACUGGAGAGUUUGAAAAUGUACCGCGCGCUUGCGAACAGAAUUUCCAGGCUCUCUUGCAACCAUUUCAAGCGGGAGAAAGGAUAAAAAAAGAUAAAGAGGUUGAGGAAGACGAGGAAGACGAAUUAAAUGACUUUAAUCAAGUGCACAGCGAUGACGAAUUUACGGAAGAAAAUAAAGCAUGCAAAAAUAAUCUUAAAAGGAAAUUAGGAGAUGACGAAUUACCAGGUUACGAUGGAUUGGUAUUUCUAUUUAAUGAUUCGAACGAAGAUAAAAUUAUAGAAAAAAUUGAUGAAAAUACCCUCGAGGAGGAUAGAAAAUUGCCACUAGACCCUGCGUAUUGGGGGGUGCUCGAUCUGGCCAGAGAAAGUCUAUACGGAUACAAAGAAAUUACAGAAAACGAUUUACAGAUCAUAUCAAAUGGAAAUGCGAAUUGA